CCAGGCUGGUCUCAAACUCACAAGAAUCCCCCUGCCUCAGCCUCCCAAGUGCUGGGAUUACACGCCCAGCUCCUGUUCUAAAUUUAGAGACUUUGUUUCUACUCUAAUAUUUCUCAUUUUACUACUCUGAAGUCAGCGACAUUACCAUUACAUUUUUAACCUUGUACUGUAUAAUCAAAUGGGUAAGAGAGUGGACUGAGUUGGCUGCUGAGGUCUUAAUCUCAGCUCCCAUUAUUAACUAUGUGACUCUGGACAAGAGUCCUACCCCCACUCUUCCCUCAAUUUUCCUGUAACUGUAUGUCAUGGAGUUAAUAAUGUUAGAAGACUUACAGCAGUACCUGGCACACUGUAAGUGCUAUUUUAAGAUCAGGAAAAUUAGAAAAAAGAAAAAAAAAAAAACUAAAAACACACCUUUUCCAUUAAUAUGGGGGGGGGGGGAUCCCGUUCUUGGAAGCUUUCCCUGGAACUAGAACCCCACAGCCCAGCACCAAGAGAACGUGGUGUGCUCGUUUAUUCACUAACUUGAUGACCCAGCCUGUGCUGAAACUGACCACCAGGCACAGCCCUGCCUUCAGUGUUUACAGCAGGAUUAGAAACCAGAACUCGACGCAUGUUUUCACAGGUGAGACAGCUGAGGCCAGCGAAGGUGUGCUGUGCUCCAGGUCACAGCUGCCCAGCUGCAGGCCCAGGGCUGGGGCUAAUCAGUUCUGGACUCUUCCCAAUGGGCAGUUUCCAGCCACCCACCUUCUUGAGUGCUGCAGCUCACCUACGUGACUGCACCCAGCUCGGGACCUUUCUGUCUUUGCCCCCACUGCACCCUCCUUCCGAACCUGGAGCCCAGGUUUAAGAAAACAGUAAGCCCUGAAGACGACGUCAUACACUGGGCGUUUUGAAGCUUUGAGAAACGUAAAGAUUGGUCUUUUCCUCCCAGUGUUAACCCUCCCCACGCCAGAAAGGUUGAGGACGUUAAAAUAAAUAAGUAAAAAGGCUGGGUGGCCUCACUAGGGACCGAAAGGAUGGAGUCCCGCCCCCUGGUGCAGCGGCGAAGACAGAUCGGGAGCCACCUGUCAGAGGGCUGUGGGCGGAGGCCAGGCGGAGAGGCCCGCAGGAGAGGCGGGGAGCUCACGCCCGGAGCCGCUAGCCCCGACACCAGUACUCCAGGCAGCAUGGGAUAGUGUAAGACUCUGGCGGCUGACGGCCGGGGGAGGGAGGGUGGUCACACGGACACGAGGCCGAGCAACGCGAGCUGGAGGAUCCUGGAGGUGACGGCAAGGAGAGUACGCAGCGGCAAGGGGCUGCUGCAGAGCGGGCCCGGAGACUGUGCCGACGCAGGGCGGGCCGCACCGGGCCGGAGGUGCCAUGUCCCGCGAGCGGCCGCCCCGCACUGACAUUCCCCGCAAUCUGAGCUUUAUAGCUGCGCUGACUGAGCGCGCCUACUACCGCAGCCAGCGGCCCAGCCUCGAGGAGGAGCCGGAGGAGGAGCCAGGCGAGGGCGGUACGCGGCUCGGGGCCCGGUCUCGCGCUCACGGUCCGAGUCGGGGCCGCCGGGCCCGCUCUGCGCCCGCCGGAGGCGGUGGCGCCCGGGCACCCCGCAGCCGUAGCCCCGACACCCGCAAGAGAGUGCGUUUCGCCGACGCGCUGGGGCUGGAGCUGGCCGCCGUGCGCCGCUUCCGCCCCGGAGAGCUGCCCCGAGUGCCCCGCCACGUGCAGGUGCAGCUGCAGAGGGACGCCCUCCGCCACUUCGCGCCGUGCCAGCCGCGCGCUCGCAGCCUCCAGGAGGCGCGCGCCGCCCUGGAGCCGGCCCGCGACCCGGGCUUCGCCGCCCGCUUGCAGGCGCAGCGCAUCUGCCUGGAACGCGCCGAGGCGGGCCCCCUGGGCGUCCGGGCCGGCUCCGCCCCCGCCGCGCGCGGAUCGCUUCGCCUUCCGCCUGCCCGCGCCGCCCGUCGGGGGCGCCCUGCUCUUCGCCCUGCGCUACCGCGUGACGGGUCACGAGUUUUGGGACAACAACGGUGGCCGUGACUAUGCUCUACGUGGCCCGGAGCACCCGGGCAGUGGCGGAGCUCCUGAGCCCCAGGGCUGGAUCCACUUUAUUUGACAUGAGGCAGCUGCACCCACUCCGGGGGAAGAAUGCCCGAGGCACCCGAGGCACCCGAGGCAGCGGGAAGCGCCUGUGGCGGGAGGAUGGGAGGGACCGAGCCCGGCAAGCAGCUGCCCCAGAGAGUCCAGCGGGGCGCGCGCGGAGGGGCGGGGCGCGCCGGCUGCGUGUGAGCGGAGGGAACCCGCGGCUAAGGGGCGGGCAGAGCGAAAGAGGCGCUGCGGCGAAGGAGGACCGCUGGGAAGCGAGGUGGUGGCUUUCUCCGAGAGCUGGCCCGGCAGGACUAGGCAGUCAAAGGUUAAGGGACCUCUUUGGAACGGAGGCACAUGAUGGACUGGGGAGGUCUGACGCGUGUAGUCCUCCAGUUGAAGUCCUUUAGGCUGCUGGUACCUUCCCUUUUACCGGCCACUUCGCGUCCCUCAGUCCCAACCAUCCUAGCUUUAUUUCAACCAUCAUUGCCUUGCUUACUCCCAAGAACCUGGCCAUUGCUCCCUGGGCAUCCUGACAGGACUUCCUGUCCCCCAACAGUUUCGGAUUUCAGUCAUGACGGACUGAGGGAGUGAUGUUAGGUGGUAGAGCUUCCUCCAGCCUCCAGGCAGCGGUGGGGAUAAUAAUGAAGGCAAAGCAACUCCAGGUCUGUCCUUGUAACCAAACUAUGGAACAGCCAAGGAGCUGGUACACUCAGGGGCUUCCAGAAAAAAAUGCCAGCCUUACUUUUCUGGGUGCCUUCUAAUAACCUUUAAGCACUUUAUGGAUUAUUUGUGUCAAGGGACCGUGAACACAAGAAUACUCAGAUUUAUGCCUAAGAAGAAAAGGAAGUCACUUGACUAGUUUUAUGACUUUGAGCAAAUUACUUCAGUCCUUCGGGCCCUGUUUCCUGCUUGGGGAAACUGGAUUUGAGUUAUGUGAUCACUUAAGGCUGUUUUGGCAUUUAUGAUCUGUGCGGAGCACAGUAUAGGUUAGAAUCUCCAGCCUUGUGCUGCAGUUCAGAACACAGCCCUGAAUGUGUGAUGGGGCUGAGGAUGGGCCCUGUAGUUUGGGGCACAGGUAUUCCUGAGCCCAGGAAGUGUCCCGCAGCCAAUCUGAAGUCUCAGGGUAGUCCAGAGCCUUUUCCAAACUUCGGCUCAUCCUCUGCCCCUUGCUUUUUGAUGUUGCCUCCAUACACUUCCAGGCUGGGUUCUCUGAGACAUCUUUAGGGAAAAUGGUGCUUGGUAGCCCUCAAAAUGGAAGGAAACAACAUAAGUGUCUCUUUUGAGAAUAAAAGGUUAUAGGUAAAAUGAAUGGAAAGCAUCAAGCAUGAGAGCCAAUUGAAAUUUUUUUUGCGGGGGUGGCAGUAUCAGGACUCAAACUCAGGACUUUGCGCUUUCUGGGCAGGCACUGUGCCGCUGAGCUAUAUCCCCAGCCCAGUGAUUUGAAAUUUGGUGUCAGAACAUGGCGGUUUGACCCAUAUCCUGAAUGGGUGAAAUGAGAAAGCUAUUUAUUGCAUUCAUGCUUGCAGUCUCUCCUCUUGAUUAAUUUUAACGUAGAAGUCAUUUCUUUGCUGGUUGCUUGUUUUUCCUUUCACCCUGUAUCUAAUCUCCUUUCGUUGUUUCCCCUUCUGUCUCAUCACUUUUUUUGUUGAACAUGUAGGGUAUUUAUCUUUAUUUCUGCCUUUCCUUCUUCAUCCGUGUUGAUUUCUGCUCUUCCUUCUCCCUCCUUUUCUCCAAGACCAUGGGUGAGCCACCUUCCUCCCUCAGGCUCCUUGCCACUCUUCUAAGGGAGCAAGGGGACGAGAAGCAGUUCCUGAUGUUACAGAUGAACAAGAAGCUCCCAG